AUGAAUCCUGAUAGUAUCACUAAUGAGCUCCAAGUGAUGAAUCUGCUGAACCAUGUGAAUCUUAUUCAACUUUAUGAUGCAUUUGAGAGCAAGAAUGAGAUGAUUCUUGUGAUGGAAUAUGUGGGAGGUGGAGAGCUCUUUGAAAAGAUCGUUGAUGAAAGUUACAGACUAACAGAGCUGGACGCAAUGGUGUAUGUGAAGCAGAUCUGUCAGGGCAUUCAUUACAUGCAUCAAAUGUAUGUACUGCACCUUGACCUCAAGCCUGAGAACAUCUUAUGUGUGGAUUCACAUGGGAAUCAGGUUAAGAUCAUUGACUUUGGACUGGCCAGGAGGUACAAGCCCAGAGAGAAGCUACGUGUGUCCUUUGGAACGCCAGAAUUCCUGGCUCCAGAAAUUGUCAACUUUGAACACGUCUCCUUUCCCACGGACAUGUGGAGUCUUGGUGUUGUCACCUACAUGCUUUUGAGUGGGCUAUCACCAUUUCUGGGAGAUACAGAUGCGGAGACACUCAGUAACAUACUCACUACCAACUGCAGCUUUGACGAUGAGGCUUUUGAAAAUAUCUCGGAAGAGGCAAAAGAUUUUAUUGCAAAUCUGCUGAUCAGGGAGAAGAGUGGGCGGCUCAGUGCUUCUCAGUGCCUGAAGCAUCCUUGGCUCAAUGACAUUGCUGCAAAAACCAGGCACUGUAAUGUCCAGCUGAAGUCCCAGCUCCUGCUGAAGAAAUAUGUAAUGAAGAGACUUUGGAAGGGUAAAACAAGGUUAUGUGAUCACCCCCAUUUAUUCACCAUUUACCUGACCCUGAUCGUCCACCUCAUCCGGAAUGAUCUACCACCUGGUGUCAGCAUUCGGCAUCAUCUGGACAGGAAGCUCCCCGACCUUGGUCACUUUCGGGCAGAAACAAAACUCACCACCAUGGACAUCCAUGAGCUUCAGUUUGCGGCUGACUGCUGUGCGAUGGCUCACUCUGUACAGGACAUGCAAAAGAUGCUUGACCUCUUCAACGCCUCAUAUAAGAGGCUUUGCCUGUCCUUAAACAUCACCAAGAUGAAGGUCCUUCACCAACCUUUCCCAGGCCAGUUGGGCAUCCCCUGCACCAUCCAUGUAGAUGGGGUGGCUUUGGAAUAUGUGCAGCACACCCCUUAUCUCAGCAGCCACCUUUCCCAAGGGACUACCAUCGAUGAGGAUGUCCAACUCCAAGUCAACUGUGCCGAUGCUGCCUUCUUCAAGCUGUGCCAAUGUGUCUUUGUCAACAGUCAACCAAGGUUCUGGUUUAUAAGGCUGUUGUGCUGA